UUCUAGUUUUAUAGAUGUCUAGCGCGUUGGGUCUCAGCGUAAAAACCGUUUUCUUCUUUUUAGACGAGAACUUAAAAUAAUAAACUUAAUCGAAGUAACUGUCAGGAACAACACACUUCUUUUUAGAACAGGCAGUGCAGUCCAAUAGUCUCCAAACCGAUUAAUAUUAGUUAUCUGUAAAAUUAACAAGAAUUCGCCGGAAUUAAGCACAGGAAUUGGAAAGAGGAUUACGGGGAAUGAAAUGUCUUUUGAUACUAAUAAUUGCAAGCUCUUGUCAGAGCUAAAAAAAGUCCUGAAAAAUAUCAAACUAGAUUCUAAUGAGACCAAAACAAACAAUGCUAUCGUGAAUGCUGUCCUUCAGGAAAUAAUAUGCAGAAUGAAACGACUGGAUACUCUGUUCAAUGUGGUUUACCAAAGACUUGUUUACACUGGUAGCUACUACCAGGGACUCCGACUACACGAAGCCACAGAAUACGAUGUGAACUUGGUAUUACAGUUCCCCUUCAGAAAAGAAGCUUGGAGUAUAGAAACUGAAGAUUCAGCACCAUCAUUUGUUAAAUGCAAGUUGAUUGACAGCAUCAGUGGCCCCACGGAGAAUGCCACACGCAACCUCAGUAGAUUCUUUGACGAAGAGAAAUACCUGACCCGGGAAUCAGUCAUUAGGUGGCUGCAGAGUUUGAUAGAUAAAGUUUUGAAAGGAUGUUUACAAAUUAAAAAUGUCAAAAAGGUAAGAAAUGCCAAUUUAAUAGCAUUAUAAGUUUUCUAAAACAUACUAAUAAUUUAAUCUAAACUGAGAUGUUGACCAAGUACUUCAGACCCAGCUAAAUGAACUACCUUUACCUAUUGUGAUAUGACAUGUUUUAUAUCAGAAGCUUAAACUUAGCUUGUAGGCAAGUUAAAUAGUAAAAACACUAAAUCAUUUUAUAUUUCAGGCAAGUUGGCCUUUGUUGUCAGCAUAUGUACAGUGCAACAUGUGCAUUUAAGUGACAAGUCAUAAUUUUACAACCAACCAGUUAACUUAUAAAUACUUAUCACAUUCUGAUUGUUUUGAAAGAAUGGAGCAGUGAUUGAAUACAUUCCAGUUGUUAUAUAUUGCACAAUGAGAGAUAGCACCAGUUUUUGUAGUAAUUCGGCAUAAUCUGGCUGAAGUAAAAGAACCAUUUACUUCUUGAUGGAACAGAUAACUUAUAUCUCUCGCUAUAACCAAAAAAGGGUUGAGUGAGCUCUCAUCCAUAUACGUAAUAAUGUGAACUGUGCUGGUCUUGGAUACACUCAGCAUUAGACUAUACCCCUCCAACAAUAGGAGGGUGACACUUUCCUUGAAACUGCACUGAUCAUUUGUGUUAUUUUUUCCUUCAGACAACAAUUAGAAAAUGGUGAUUUUGUGCUUUCCUCCACCUUCUGAUUUGUUUGGCCACCUAUUGCCUUUGUUUCAUCUAAUAUUUUAUUUUAGGGCCCCCUUCCCUUUGGGGUAGCUACAGCCACAUAUGUUUCUGUCUUUAUUCUGAGGUCAUUUGUAUGGCAGAUACACUCAUUGCCUCUACACUUUUUCUAUUAUGUGGAUGAUUGGCUCCAGUUUGUCCCAUCCUGGAAGGCAUACUGUGCUGCAGCCUCUCUUUCACUUUGACAGUUGUCAUGCUUGGGUUGGUUUUUAAAGCUCACGAAGUCUGUAC